AUGAAGGUUAAGCCUUAUGCUUCUGUUGUAGGAAGUUUGAUGCAUGCACAGGUCUGCACCCAUCUAGAUAUUACUUUCGCAGUUGAUGUUCUUAGGAGGUUCCAGUCAGAUGCAAGAUUGGCACAUUGGACUGCUGCCAAGAAGGUAAUGCGUUACUUGCAGAGGACACAGGACUUCAAGCUGGUUUUUAGCAGGAGCAAGAAUCUCGAGGUGGUUGGCUAUUUUGAGUCAGAUUACAAUGGUUGUACUAAUGGCAUGAAGUCCACUUCUGGCUACAUCGUUUUGAUGGGAGGUGGAGCUAUUUCUUGGAAGAAUGUCAAGUAA